UUCUUCCCGAUUAUAAAUGGUGGCAAUAUUUAGAAUAUUAAUGAAUUUCUUCUUUAUUGAAUAUUUUAUGACUAUCACAUAUACACACUGAAAUCGACAAAAAUUUACCUACUUUCAAUUAUUUAGCUUUUAAUAAUUAUAUAAUCAAUAAUCAAUUGUUUAUUUGAAAUUAUUUAUAUUAAUUAAAAACUAUAUAUAGUGAACAAGAGAACAAUUUUACCAUUUUUCGAAUUUAUUUUUUUUUUUUGCCACCUUUUCUACUCAAACAAUUCAAUUGGGUGUAAAAAGACAAACGAGCUCCUGUUUGUGUGUGUGUGUGUGUGUUGGCAUUGUUGUUGUUGUUGUCAUGACCGUCACUGUGUUAUUAUAUUUGAUUCGAACACAACAAUAAAAGUAAAUGAAUUAUGGUGAAUGCACCUAAUGAUUCUGGUUUAUCAUCAUUAUUAUCAUCAACAUCAUCAUCAUCAUCAUCAUCAACAACAACAACAACAAUAAGAUCAUCAUCUUAUCCUUCAGAAAUGAAAUUAGAGGAAAAUGUUUUAUGUAAUUUUCAUGUGGCUAAAUUAUUCCAAGAUAAUGUUGAUCGUAUCAAUUCGAUCGAUUUUUCUCCAACGGGUGAUACAUUGAUUAGUUCAUCGGAUGAUGAUUCGAUUGUCAUCUAUGAUUGUGAAAAAGGAAUACAUAAACGAACAUUGAAUAGUAAAAAAUAUGGCGUCGAUUUAAUCCAUUAUACACAUGCACCGAAUACAGCCAUACAUUCGUCAAAUAAAGUGGACGAUACGAUACGUUAUCUUUCAUUACAUGAUAAUAAAUACAUUCGAUAUUUUCAUGGCCACACGAAAAAAGUCGUCACCCUAUGUAUGUCACCGAUCGAUGACACAUUCUUAUCUGGUUCGAUGGAUAAAACCAUUCGUCUUUGGGAUCUACGAUCACCAAAUUGUCAAGGCUUGAUGCAUCUAGUAGGACGACCGGUAGCGAAUUUUGAUCCCGAAGGACUUAUAUUUGCUGUUGGAUUGAAUAGUGAAACAGUCAAACUAUACGAUUUACGUUCAUUUGAUAAAGGUCCAUUCAAUGCGUUUAAACUGCAACAGGACAAAGAAUGUGAUUGGACCGGAUUGAAAUUUUCGCCAGAUGGUAAAAUUAUUAUGAUCUAUACCAAUGGUAAUGUCAUUCAUACUAUCGAUGCAUUUAUGGGCCGACCGCUACAAACAUUGAAAGGUCAUGUGAAUAAUAAAGGAUUACCGUUGGAAGCAUCGUUUACACCGGAUUCUCAAUUCAUAUUCAGUGGUUCAACUGAUGGACGUGUUCAUGCAUGGAAUGCAACAAAUGGAAAUUAUAUUUCCAAUUUCACAAUUGAUCCACAUCAAGGACCAGUACAAUGUGUACAAUUUAAUCCCAAAUAUAUGAUGUUGGCAUCGGCUUGUACGACGAUGGCAUUUUCGAUACCGAAAAUAGCAUCAACCAGUACAAAUGAAUUUCUUGAUUAAUGAACAAAGACAAAACCUAUUUAUUGAGAAAAAGUAACCAAACCAACAAAUGAAAUCAUUUCAUCAUGAUGUAAAUUUUUUUUUCUUUUUUUUUAAAUCUCAUGUCAAAUCACAUUUUAAAUCAUUUCAAUGGUGCUAUUAAUGACCAAUUGGGUGAUGGAUUCUGUACACAAUUAAAAUCAUCUAUACAAUUCCAAUUGUUCAA